AUGGCUGCAUCGGCCCAGACCGGGUCGCCGCAACGCUCCGACAGCGACGUGGACGAGGAAUUUAUCGACGACCUGAGUGAUAUGGGAAUCGAGGGAAUCGAAACGAACAGUACCGUGCCAGAACUUUUCACGGCGUCUCCACCAGUGCGCGAUACGCUCCCGACGGCCACUUCAUACGCUCAGGAUGCAACGGUACGGGAGUGUGUCCCGCUGCUUGCUGCCACGGACAGCGACAUCGAUCACAACGCCCACAGAGUACCCUCACUGCUCCGUGAUAAUCACAUCAAAUUUCUCCAGAAGCAGCUCGGGAGGUUUCCGGCCCCGUAUGUGGCUGCCGACGCGAGUCGGCCAUGGUUCCUGUAUUGGUCUCUCAACGCCCUGGCUCUGCUCGGCUACGACACGGCAGUGUACCGGGAAGACCUGAUCAAGACAGUGCGUACAAUGCAGAACCCGUCCGGUGGCAUCGGAGGCGGUCACGGACAGGACUCUCACCUUGCCACAACCUACGCCGUCGUUCUUGCUCUCGCCAUAGUCGGCGGUGAGGAUGCAUACGAGGUGAUAGAUAGGAAAGCUAUGUGGAAAUGGCUCUGCUCUCUCAAGCAACCCAGUGGCGGGAUUCAGAUGGCCCUGGGCGGAGAGGUAGAUGUCAGGGGAGCCUACUGUGCAGCCGUAAUUGUAACCCUCCUGAGUCUGCCUCUGGACCUUUCAACCGACUCGCCGGCCUGGACGCCUGAGCGGCCCACGCUCUUCACUGGAUUGGCGGAUUAUGUACGCAGAUGCGCGAUUGAGCUCGAGGAUCAACCGAGCGAGGCGAGCUUCACUUCCCAUCAGGGCAGUCUUUACAGUCGUGAGGGCCUGAUUCGAUACAUCUUGUGUUGCGGUCAAGACCGGUCCAAACGUGGCGGUCUCCGGGACAAGCCCAGCAGGCCGUCGGAUGCGUACCACACUUGCUAUGUCCUCUCGGGACUGAGCUCUGCGCAGCACCAGUGGGAUCUCACAUAUGUCAACGAAGAUGAGACGAUCCUAUCGGAGCCAAAGUGGGUGGCGUCGCCUUGUGCCGAAGGAACACAGGUAUUCAACGAGGAGGACCGCGUCGGGACGAUCCACCCCGUCUACACCAUCCCCCAAGAAAGCGUCGACGACAUGAAGGCAUACUUUGCGUCGAAACAGGGAUUCUAG